GUUUAUUAUUAAUAGAUCUUUCCAUGAUAUAUAGCGCUGCAGAACUUGAAAGCAAGGGUGAGGACCUUGCCUUGCAACUCGGCUCUGUCAUGGAUGAAGAGACUCACCACAGCCUUGAAUGCAUCCAAGCUAAUCAGAUCUUCCCCAGGAAGCAGCUGAUCCGGGAGGAUGAAAAUCUCCAGGUGCCCUUUCUUGAACUCCAUGGAGAGAGCACCGAGUACGUGGGCCGAGCGGAUGACGCGGUCAUUGCCCUGUCCAACUACAGGCUUCACAUCAAAUUUAAGGAAUCUCUGGUGAACGUCCCGUUGCAGCUCAUAGAAAGUGUGGAAUGCCGGGAUAUUUUCCAGCUUCACUUGACCUGCAAAGAUUGCAAAGUUAUCCGGUGCCAGUUCUCUACUUUUGAGCAGUGUCAAGAGUGGCUGAAGCGGCUGAACAACGCCAUCCGCCCCCCCUCCAGGAUAGAGGACCUUUUCUCCUUUGCAUACCAUGCCUGGUGUAUGGAGGUGUACGCGAGUGAGAAGGAGCAACAUGGGGAUCUGUGUCGCCCAGGAGAGCACGUGACGUCGAGAUUCAAAAACGAGGUGGAGCGGAUGGGUUUUGACAUGAACAAUGCCUGGCGGAUCUCCAACAUCAACGAGAAGUACAAGCUCUGCAGUAGCUACCCUCAAGAACUCAUAGUGCCGGUCUGGAUAACGGACAAAGAGCUGGAAAGCGUGGCCAAUUUCCGAUCUUGGAAACGCAUCCCUGUGGUGGUUUACAGGCACCAGAACAACGGGGCAGUCAUUUCUCGCUGUGGGCAGCCCGAGGUCAGCUGGUGGGGCUGGAGAAACGCCGACGACGAACAUCUUGUCCAGUCAGUGGCCAAAGCCUGUGCCUCCGAUUCCAAGUUGAGCAGCGGUAAACUUAUGAAUGGGAACUGCUCACGAGAGUUCUCCAAUGGGGGAGACUUUUCUGAUGCAGAGUUUGAUUCUUCCAUCUCCAAUGCUUCCGGAGCAGAAAGCUUAGCCAUCCAGCCUCAGAAACUUUUGAUCUUAGAUGCACGCUCCUACACAGCCGCAGUCGCCAACAGAGCCAAAGGAGGGGGCUGUGAAUGUCCAGAGUACUACCCAAACUGUGAAGUGGUGUUCAUGGGAAUGGCCAACAUCCACUCUAUUCGGAAGAGUUUUCAGUCACUGAGGUUGCUCUGCACGCAGAUGCCAGACCCGGGAAACUGGCUGUCGGCUCUGGAGAGCACCAAGUGGCUCCAGCAUCUCUCUGUGCUUCUCAAAUCAGCCCUCCUGGUGGUUCACGCGGUGGACAGAGACCAGCGGCCUGUGCUGGUCCACUGCUCCGAUGGCUGGGAUCGGACCCCGCAGAUCGUGGCUCUGUCCAAGCUGCUGCUGGAUCCCUAUUACAGGACCAUUGAGGGUUUCCAAGUGUUGGUGGAGAUGGAAUGGCUGGACUUCGGCCAUAAGUUUGCAGACCGCUGUGGGCACGGCGAGAAUUCAGACGACCUCAACGAACGCUGCCCGGUGUUUCUGCAGUGGCUCGACUGCGUCCAUCAACUCCAGAGGCAGUUCCCCUGCUCCUUCGAGUUUAACGAAGCAUUCCUUGUCAAGCUGGUGCAACACACCUACUCCUGCCUCUUUGGUACAUUCCUGUGCAACAACGCGAAGGAGAGAGGCGAGAAGCACACCCAAGAAAGGACCUGCUCAGUGUGGUCCCUGCUACGAGGAGGAAACAAGGCCUUCAAAAACCUGCUUUACUCCUCCCAGUCUGAAUCUGUGCUGUAUCCCGUGUGUCAUGUGCGCAACUUAAUGCUGUGGAGUGCCGUGUACCUGCCUUGCUCCUCACCUUCCACCCCUGUGGAUGACACCUGUGCUCCUUAUCCAGUCGCCGGCUCGAACCCUGAGGAUCAGCCUCUGAGCAGGCUCCCAAAGACCAGGUCCUUUGACAAUCUGACCACAGCCUGCGACAGCAGCCUACCAACCCCUAACCGGCGGAGUAGCGACCCCAGCCUCAAUGAGAAAUGGCAGGAACAUCGCCGAUCCCUGGAGCUCAGCAACCUCGGGAAUCCGGGAGAGGACCUGUUUGACGGCGAAAGUUUGGGCAAACCAGGCAGGACUCUGAUGGGAGCAGAGCUUUCGUUGGCUGUGGCCGAGGGGCAGAUGGAAAACAUCUUGCAAGAAGCCACCAAAGAAGAGGGGAGCCUUGAGGAGAAUAUGAGGUUUGGCCAAGAGAGGGCAGGGAAGGAAGGAGAAGGGGAUCUCACGCGAGACAAGGAACACAGGACUGAACCCCCGGCUGGUUCUGCGACUAACAGCGUUUGUGAAAAAUCCAACCCGGAUGGAGAAACCUUGUUAGACAAUCCAGUUUCUAAUCAACAGGUGGUAUCACAGGGUGCUUCUGAGCUUCAAGGCCCAGAGGAGGGACACCCAGCUGUCCCUUGCACGGUCCAGAAGCCAACUCAGGGGGGAGAGGUACCGCUUGGCUUUUGGGACAAUCCUGGAAAUAGUGAAGUUUCACGAGAGGAGGAGGAGGAGGAGGGUGUUAAUAGAAGUUCAGCAGAAGCUGAAAAUGCCCCCAGCCCUGCCCAUCCUAUCCCAUGUCCUGUAGGACUUGAGGCAGCCACACCAAAUAUGGAGAGCUCAACAGAGACCUUAACAGAGACGGGAGCCAGGGCAGAAAGGGUACAGCCCAGGUCUCCCCGUUUGCGUCCUCCCACUGCGGCCAGCAGCGUCGACGAACUUUCCCAGACGGAAGAUCAUCGGCCGGAGAGGGAGGACUUAGUGGACGCUCACAAGCUGGCCGCUGCUCUAAAUAGGACUCCUUACAGCAGCAACCCUUCCCCAUGUGCCUUGCCUUUAACUGACUUUAAAGAGGUGGUCUGCAACGGAGACCUCGCUUCCGAGAACAAGAUGGCCGAGAGCCCGGCGGGCUUUGCCGCUCCCCAGAAACACGCCGCGCCCAACGGGCACUACGUGAACGGGGACGAGAUCCGGGCGAAAGUUCCCCUCAGCCGGCAGAUCUCCGCCGGCAGCCGCAGCUCCACCCCGCUGCAUCUGAGGAACGUGCACCACAAGUGGGUUCACACCAUCCCAGGCCGGCAGCAGACGGCGGGCAGCCCGGACCAGCCUGCCCGGAAUCACCUGGAUGACGACGGGAUGCCGAUCUACGCCGACGUCAUUCAGCAGCGCCUCCGCCAGAUUGAAAGCGGGCACCAGCAGGAGGUGGAGAGCCUGAAGAAGCAGGUGCAGGAGUUGAGGAGUCGGCUGGAAAGCCAAUAUCUGAACAGCUCGCUGCGCUUCAACGGGGAGUAUGGGGACGAAGUGGUGACACGGUGGCUCCCCGAUCACCUGGCUGCGCACUGUUACGGCUGUGACAGUGUCUUCUGGCUGGUCAGCAGAAAACACCACUGCAGGGACCCCGAAUGUGUUGAUCAGACUUGGAAUUGUGGAAAUGUGUUUUGCUCCAGCUGCUGUAACCAGAAGGCGCCGGUCCCCAGCCAACAGCUCUUCGAACCCAGCCGGGUCUGCAAAACCUGCUACAGCAGCUUGCACCUCCCCAGUGGCUCCAGCCUUGAGCUCGAACUGGACAAGCCCAUUGCGGCCACCUCAAACUGAGGCUCCAGCCUGGAAGGAGAGCUGGGAGGAGACAAAGCCGCCUUUGUCCCUUGAGGGAAGACACACCAAUUUCCCGGUGGACUGAAGCUGGUAGGAUGGGAGGAGCUGUGCACUUUGAGCUGGAAGUACAGGUUGCUGCUCGGAGGGGAGAGGACGAUGGGUAGAUAGAUCCUGGCGGAGCUGUCCUUCCCCACUGUUACUACUCCUUCCCUUC